AGGAAGUGUAGGACGCGUCGAAUAAUGCCUACACUGAGCUGUAUUUGUGUUUGGACUUUACUUACUCGAAUUAUGGACAUAGUCAAGUCACUUUCGCGUGGACAAAACGUAACCGUUUAAAAAUAUUUAAACGCUAAUUUACAAUUCCUGAUGUUAUGUCGACAGUUUGGAGGGGAGCGUUAACAGUGGCGACUAACCGAGUGUGUUCACAUAGCGGCGCAGUGCUAAAGCUAGUUGUUACCACCCUGAAAUAUUAUACAAUACAAACUUUUUUAUAUAUAUAAAGGAUCUUUCUGAUUAGAAAAUAUGGUUACCACAGUCUUGGGAGUCGGCACAGGGGUUUUUGUCGUUGCUGCAGUUUGGAUUGUGGCUCUGAUACUUUGGAUGAUCCUUCUUCGAGCAUCUGGAUCAUUAAAGCUGGGAGUUAUCCCCGUUUUCCUCUUGGCUCUCACCAUCACCUUGGCACUGGUGUUUUUCCCUCGGACUCCAGAGACCCGACCUCCUUUCAAAGAGAUAGAGAUAGUGGACGGUCUGUUCAUCGCUCGCUACGUGCUGCUGGCUUUAGUAAGUGUUAUCUUUCUCAUGGCGUUGUUCAUGCUGCUCCCCUUUCAUUUUCUGGAGCCCGUCUACGCUAAAGCUUUGAGAACACACUAAAGUUGGCACUUGAUCAAAUCCGUGAUGUAAACAACCUCGAAGAGGAACCAGCAGGAGGCCCACAAUCAGAGACUUUCCCAUGGUCUACUUUUGGUGUGCCUUACAUCAUUAGGUUUGAUUUUAAACCACCUUCAUUAAAUGGCUCAAAGUAUCACAUUUAUCACAUCAAUAAAUAAAUGUAUGUCUUUAAAACAGACAUUUCUUUAUGGAUCCAUUUGUGUUUGAGUUGGUUUUAUUGGUAAAAUUAUUAUUAAUUUUUGUAAUUAUUUGUAUACAGGUCACUGAUGUUUAAAACAAAUAAAUGGGUGCAAUUGUGAAUAAAUGUUUUGUACAUUAAUUAUUCGGUUAUUAUUAUUUUUUUAAAUCCAACAUGACACUGAAAAUGAGACACAUGAAAUGUGA